AUGUUUAAUGAAAUAGAGGGAGAGCAUGAUGAUGUGGCUAUAAGUACUUUCAAGGCUGGUCUUCCAGCCGAGCAUGAUUUAAGGAAAUCUCUAACUGGUAAACCUGUUACCAGUGUUGGAACCAUACAGUCUCAUGAUGAUGCUCUAGUGGUCACGCUGAGAAUUGGUGGGUACAAUGUAAAAAGAGUGAUGGUUGAUCAAGGUAGCGUUGUUGAUAUAAUGUACCCAGAUUUGUAUAAAGGGUUAGGUUUGAAGCCUGAGGACUUAGCAGCCUACAGUUCCCCUCUGGUGAGUUUUGAGGGAAGGAUGGUCGUUCCAAAAGGACAGAUUAGACUACCUGUGCAAACCGGUAUGGAUGUGGUGAAGGUGGACUUCAUUGUUGUAGAUGUUUUCUCUCCAUACACGGCCAUUAUGGGUAGACCUUGGCUUCAUACCCUGGGAGUAGUCUCAUCUACUCUACAUCAGAAGGUGAAGUACCCAUCUGGAGGUCAAGUAUUGGAGAUAAUAGGAAGCCAGGUUGCAGCUCGGUAG